ACAACGACGUGGGAUCUCGUGGCAAUGCUUUGGCUCUCCCACACUCUUUUCUCCCCUUGUACACCCCCCAAACCUUCAUGCCACCGCGUGAUUGCCCUUUAACUCAAUGUCCACACGACUGAUGACGUGGUGUGCUGGAGGACACGAAGGAUGGGACUUUGCAAAGAGAGGGCCAUUUGCUUGGAUGGGUACCUCCAAAUAGAAACCAGGAUCCUCCUGGCUCUGACAACUGGCAGCUCCCCAGUGGAUCUAGCAGCAUCAGAUGUGUUUCAUCGCCAUCCACGGAGAAAAAAUCCUGUCAUUCCUCUCCCUCAACAAGAAUUCCCAACACCGCUUCUGGUAAGUUUUGCGUUCGACGUGUUCACCACAGAUCCUAACGGUUUGCGCAUCGCCCGCGCUGGCCGCCCUUGUGGAGACAAACAAGUGACACAUCUUUUGGAUAGGGCCCCCAGAUCCAGUGGGCUCCGCCGUCGGGCGAGAUCCGGACAAUGGCCUUCCAGGUUCUGGCCUUCCACUGAAAGCUCGCCCUGCCCUUCCGGUUUAGACAGUGUCAUCCUGUACCUGUUGAUCUGGCCCCGUCCCCGGUGGAGUACGGAAUCGUUGCCUUGCCUGUUCGUUACUCCUCUUCCGCGGGCAGAUCCUUUAUCCUGAGGGUGGUACGUAAGUAAGUAUAGGGCGAUAGAUCAGCCGACCCCACGCGUGUGGGCACUAUUAAUAACUUGGGACAUCCCGUGUACGCUGGUUCAUUGCCAGUAGGACUGACCUUUUGGCCGCUGCAAGCGAUCCCAGCGCCCUUUUAUCUAUCACGGAUAUAGCCUCCUGGUCUCCCCAACAGACACUCCCGGUUCUAUCCCAGCGAACCCUACCCAAGCAGGGUGAAUCAAGCGGGAACGACU